CCAUUUUGUAUUAUCGGUUUUUACGUGUGUGUGCGUGGGUGUACGUCGAAAUCUGGUUGCAAGUGACGAUUUUAAUAUAUAGUUGGUGUUUUUUUUUCAUUACAAAACAAAUAAAAUAAUCCAACUCGUUGUUUAUCGUGUAUUCAGUUAAAUAUUGUGAUUGUUUAGAUUAAUUAAAUAAGUGCUUAGAGAAAACAAAAAAAAAAAGUGAAAAAAUGGGUCGAAAAAAGAAGAAGCAAUCGAGGCCAUGGUGCUGGUACUGCAAUCGAGAAUUUGACGAUGAAAAAAUUCUCAUUCAACAUCAAAAAGCAAAACACUUCAAGUGCCACAUUUGUCACAAAAAAUUAUACACAGGCCCCGGUCUUAGUAUACAUUGUAUGCAGGUACACAAGGAAGCAAUAGACAAAGUGCCGAAUUCACUACCAAAUCGAAGUAAUAUUGAAAUUGAAAUUUACGGUAUGGAGGGAAUACCGCCGAACGAUGCAAAAGAACACGAGAAACAAAGAAAUGGUAAUCGUCCAGGUUCACCAAGUUCAGGUGAAGAUGAACCCGUGCAAAAAAAAUUAAAACCCGAGGGUUUAUUGGGUUCAGCGCCAGGUGCAACAACAAAUUCAAAUUCAUCUGUGAUGUCAGGAGGAAUGUCAGGAAUGCAAACACAUCCAACAAUGCCUCCAAUGGGACAAUUCCCACCGCCCAUGCAUCCCAUGAUGGGACCAAUGGGACACGUUGGUCCAGCAUUUAUGGGACCCGGAAUGAUGCAAGGAAUGCCGGGCAUGCCACCGGGAAUGCAACCGCCAGUUAGUGGUGCAUCAGUGCCACCAACACGGCCACUAUUUCCAAGUGCAGCGGUGUCGACCGCUUCCUCAACGUCGGUAACGCCACUUGGCGCCGAUUUUAAACCAAUUACAUCAAUUGCCAGUGGAUCAAUUGGACCCAUUAAGCCAACAUUCCCCGCUUACAGCGGCUCGGACACGGCAUCAAAUAACAGUCAUUCCGAUCCAAAAGUCAAUCUCAUUACAACAACUGGCGCUGCCAGUAAAAUUAUACAUCCACCCGAAGAUCUCAGUCUCGAGGAAAUUCGAGCGAGAUUACCGAAAUAUCAACGUCGACAAAUUGCGGAUUCUCGUUCUAGUCAGGCGGAAGUUGCGCAACAGCACGCUGCAGCAUUGCAUCAUCAUCAUCAACAGCAGCAGCAACAACAACAGCAAGCUGUGGCAAAUGCUGCGGCUGCAUUUCAGGAUCAACAACAACGUCAACAGGCCGCCUUAAGUGCCUUACAACAACAGCAACAAAGGUUUCAAAGGCCACCGCAGGCUGUUAUGGUACCAGCAUCAGCCGGCAUGCCAGUUAGUUCCGUAGCAUUAAUGGCGCCGCUCAUGCGACCAACCAUGACACUUGCUGCACCAGCUCUUAUUCAUGGAGGUAACAUGAUGCGACCGCCCCCCAUGGGCCUGCCACCAGGUAUGAUUGGAGCAUUACCACCGGGUGCAAUGCAUCCGGCAUUUGCUGCACCAAUGGGUUUUCCUGGCGCUCCAAUGCUAGCGCCAAUGAUGCAUCCACGUUUUAGAUGAUCGCCCCCAAUGGACGGGCCCAAUCCACCCCUGCAUUUCGUGCUAUGGGCUCGCCCCUAAUAUUAAAGAAAAAAAAAAAAAAAACAACAACAAAAUUUCUCCUUAGGGUCCGGGACCUUGAUAAAAAUAACAAAAAAAAAAAAACAAAAACAAACAAACAACAACUUGCAAAACGCCAAGGCACUCCAUCUCACGAUUAAACCACAACAGAAGUUAGCAAAAAAUCUUUGUUUUUUUUAUCUAAUUAUUAUUGAUUAAUUAAUUAAUUAUUAAUAUCAUCAUCGUCACAUAAACAGAGAGUGAGUUGUCCGCACAAAAAAAAGGAAAACAAUUUGUGUUUUUUUUUUUUUUUUUGCCUUUUUUAGUUGGACACCUCAGCCUUUGUGUCGACGUCUCGGAGAGACAAGAUCGCGGCCAGGUGGCGCUUCACGUUGUCGCUAGCGAUUUGUUUUUUGUAUGAAAAUUGAAAUUUUUGUGUUCAACUUCUUUUUUUUUUUUUAUCUAGUUUUUUUCAAAAAAAACGAUUUUUGUUUGUGUGUGUUUUUUUCUUUCCAAAAAUUUCACAUAAAAAAAGAGACUCUUGAUUUCUAGCCGCAGCGUGGAGGUCAUGUCGCCUCAGGUUAGUCGGAUAUUUUUAUUUUGUUCAAUUCCUUUUUUCGGUGUGAUUUUAUCACUCAAAAAAAAAAAAAAUGUUUUUUUUACUUACCUAAAUGGCGGUUCAAUUUUUUUUUUUUUUUGAGGUUAGGAAUGUUUUUGCCAUUCAACCAUAACCUCAAAACAAGAAAAUAUGGAUUUAUCGUUAAAAAAAAGGUAAAAUUUUCUUUUUCUUUCGAUUAAAUCAAUUUUAAUUAGUUUAUUUGAUAAUAAUUUUACUACUUUUGAGGUUAUGUGAAUUGAAUCUCAAAAAAGAAGGAAUAAUUUUUCCAUUGGUUGAAAAAAAAAUGACGCUUUCUUUUAUUGGUAGGAAUUAAAAAAAGAAUUCCUAACCUCAAAAAAAAAAAAUCGAUGGUAAUUUAAAAUACCUAGACUGUGAUCCAAUUGUGAAUUUUUUUUUUCAUGAUAAAAUCGCACUGAAAAAAACAUGCCUUUCCUUGCAAGAAUCAUGUUGACGACGCAUGAGUGAGUGGUAAGUACGGAGGGUGCUCUUAAAAAAAAUAAAAAUAAAAAAAAUUUUUGAAACGGACACCAGCUCUCGACACUCGACUCACGCCAUUUUAAUUCCCACUAUAUCCAAAUAAUCGAGUCAUUUUUCGAUCCUUGGGGGUGUCAAUUUUACUAUUUUUUUUUUUUUCAUUUAUAUUUCCAUUUUUUUUAGAUGGAAAUGAAAAAACUGCGCAUGCCUCGUUGAAUUUUCGCGCGCUUAUUUGAAAUAAUUUAUUUCAAAACGAAUUAUUUUUACAAUAAAAAAAAAAAUUUUUUUUGCUAAUAAUUUUAGUGAAAAAAUAUUAAUUGGCUUAAUAUUUAAAAUAAUAUGAUAAAAAUAAUGUAAAAGAAUUAAUAUUACUUCACGGAAAAAAAAAUUUACCUGAAAUAGCGAAAUGUUUCAUUAAAAUAGGAAAAGUUUUACUUGUUUCAGAUAAAUCUUUAGCUAUUUUAAUGAAACAUUUCGCUGUUUCAGGUAAAUCUUUUUUUUUCCGUGAUAAUAAUUACUACUAUGUAGUUUUGUAAUUUUUGACCUUUGGAAACAAAAAGUGUAAAUGUCAAAACUAAAAAAGUAAAAAAAAUUUUUUAGUAAGGUAUGUGCAUUAGUAAAAUGAAAAAAAAAAAAUAUUAGAUUGGGAAAUUUUUUUUAAAAAUUGUAAUUGACUCCGAGGAUUGAAGCGCCAAAUUUUAAAAAUCUUUUCCAAAAUAUCGAUCCGAGAUUUUUCUCAUCCUUCUCAAAAAAAAAAUCCUUUUUUUCUCUCUGCUGACUGUCCGCUAAGCCUCUUUUUCUUCCUCUUUUCUUUUUUUUUUUUUGUUCUCUAUCGUUACACACACCGAAAAAAAGUCGUGUACGUACUUGCUCUGCGUAUUGUUAUUCAAUUAUUAUAUAUAUAUAUAUAUAUACACACAAUUUCCUUUUUUAGGGAUCGCUCUGCGGAGUCAAUUAUUUUUUUUCAAAAUUAUAAAAAUCUACUAAACAAAUUUUUUUUUCAAAAUAAAUUAAAAAAAAUACUGAAGUUAUUUUUUUUGUGAUUCUAAUAGUUAACAAAAAAAAAAAGACUUGGCAGGGCUGUCUUUUCGUUUUCUUAAGCAAAAUUUUUGAACAUGUAGAAAAGUUCUGUUACUUAUUGAGUGUCAUAUAUAUUAUCGACUGUUCCGAAUAAAGUUUUGUGGAAAGUUGGAAAAAAAACUGGGCAUAGUCUGAUGUUCUUAGAAAAUCGAAAAAAAAAAUAGUUUAUUACAUUUUUUUCAAAUCAAUUUAAUACUCAUAUAUGCUUUCAAUUUUAUUACUUUUAACAUAUACAGAAAAGUAAAGAAAAAAAUUAAAAAAAAAAAAAAAACAAGAAAUAACUAUAUUCAAGUUUUCUCAGAACAACGGGCGACAGCCACAUAUUGUUUCAACCAAUCACAGCUCUCAUCGCUGUUGGACCUUUUCUGGUCCCUUGCCACAAGGCAGGCGAUUGUUUGGACCUACCGUCUUUGAGUCGUCGAAUCCCGAGUUCAGAAAAAUGUUGUUUUCCACUAUUUUUUUUUUUUUUUACUGAUGCAUCGUUAGCAAAAUCGAUAAAUUCAAUGAAAAUCGUUAUAUUCAGAAAAAAAAAAUGAAACUUUGGUUCAAAAAUCGAUAUAUCGAUCAAAAUUCGAUACAAUAAUUAAAGUUCGAUAUAUCGAUAAAAAUGCGAUAUAUUGACGAAAAAUCGAUAUAUCGCAGAGUAUUCGAUAUAUCGAUCAAAAUCGAUAAAAAAAAAUUCGAUAUAUAUUGAUUAAAAGUCGAUAUAUCGAGAAAAAUCGAAGGGAAAAUUUGUCGAUAUUUUAUCGAUAUAUCGAAGUUUUAUCGAUGUACCGAAGUUUUAUCGAUAUAUCGAUUUUUUUAACGAUAUAUAUCAAAAUAUCGAUAUAUCGAGUACAAAUCAAUAAUUCAACGUAAUUAAAAAAAAAAAUUCAAGUUUAAUCUCAAUGUUUGAAGCACUUUAUUCUAAUUAUGUAUUUUUCUUGUAAGAUUUAAUUAAAAAUUGACUUUAAUUAUUAAAUGAAGUAUUUUUUUUUUUGUAUGUUGACGUCACUCGGGGAUUGUAUGACUUGAUUGACGCGUGGCUGGACCGAGAAACAAUAUUAAUUCACGGUAAUCUGUAAGGAACGCGAGAAAACAUUAUUAACCGACUCGACGAUCGUUCGAAACACAAAAAAAAAUAUUUCAAAAAAUUGAUAAAUUAAAAAUAAUUUAUGAAUUUAAAUAAUUUUUUUAAUGUAUUAAAAAAAGGGGUUUUAAUUUAAUUUAAUUUUUUUUUUUUUUUGAGUUUCGAUUGUUCGACGACUGCUUAACACAGAGUAUUGUGUGUACAACGGUAUUAUAUAUAAUUAUACAAUAUAUAUAUUAUGUCUAUCUUACUUACAAAAAGCGUGCAAGAAAUCCCGCUAAAAAAAAAAAUGAACAAAAAAAGUAUGAAAAUGAAACCAAUUUUUUUUUUAAAUUUUUGAAUCUCCAAGAAUGUCUUUUUAAACGCCUGAUAAACAUAAAUAUAUAUAUAUAUAUAUAGCGGACGUUGAUGUCACGCUAAAAUGGGAAAAAACGCUUUUUUAGCAAUCCGUGAAACACUUCUGGGUGAGAGACUCUCUUCAAACAAUGGAAAAGCAACUUUGUCGCUAUUAAAAACAAAAACCCCUCGCAGUAAUCCAACCUGCAGAGUCGUAAAUAGGAAUAUACUUGAGGUAAUGUCUCAAAAAAAUUUGUUUUCAUUCUAUAUAGUUAUAAUUAGCUUCUAAUAUUUUUUUUUUCUAAAAAUUAAUUUUAUAAAUUGCAAAAACAAUUAUGUUUUUUAUAGCAUAAUAAUAAUAAUAAUUUUAAAAAUAAUUUUUUUUUCAGUUUUUAUUAUAAUUGUGAUAAUUUUUUUUUUUUUUUAAUAAUAUAUAAUAUAAUAUAUACAUGUGUAAUCUUUAACUCACUAUCUUUCCAAUUUUUUUUUUCUUUCUAGUUUUUAAGUGAAUUAUUGUUGUUUUAUUUUUAAAGAAAUAUUUAAAGAUUUAGUGUCAAAAAAAAAAAAAAAAAUGAAAUAAAAA